UCGGCUAUUACCGCGCCUGCGCAUUGGGAACGGGUUGCGGUCUCGACCAGUGGCGGGCCACCCGGGAAUGAUGCGAAGGCGGUGGAUUGGGUGGGCGGGAUGAGUUAUCGCGAGAACUGCUGGCGCUCUCUGGGGAAGGGCCUUGGCUUUGCCUCGGUUCCCAUGCGCGCGGUGCUAUGGAAACUGGAGGCCUCGGGCGCGGUGCUAUGGAAACCGAAGGCCUGGUGUGGCGGGGAGUUUGGCGGUCUUGACUCUGAAACUGCUUUUUAGCCUCUCAGGGACAGAAGCCUGAUGAAUUUUGGCCUAUUGUGACUGCAGAAAGAUGAGUCCUACCACAUCCAUGGAUGAAGAAGAAAAAGACACAUUUAAAAUUUUGGUUGCUACAGAUAUUCAUCUGGGCUAUUUGGAGAAGGAUGCUGUGCGUGGAAAUGAUACGUUUGUAACUUUUGAUGAAAUCUUGAAACUUGCUCAGGAAAAUGAGGUGGACUUCAUUUUAUUAGGUGGAGACCUCUUUCAUGAAAAUAAGCCUUCCAGGAAAACAUUGCACGCUUGCAUAGAAUUGUUAAGGAAAUACUGCAUGGGUGACCGUCCUGUGCAGUUUGAAAUUCUGAGCGACCAGUCAGUAAACUUUGGUUUUAGCAAAUUUCCAUGGGUGAACUACCAAGAUGAAAAUCUCAACGUUUCUAUUCCAGUUUUUAGUGUUCAUGGCAACCAUGAUGAUCCAACAGGGGCAGAUGCACUUUGUGCUUUGGACAUUUUAAGCUGUGCAGGACUUCUGAAUCAUUUUGGGCGAUCACCAUCUGUAGAGAAGAUAGAUGUUAGUCCUGUUUUGCUUCAGAAGGGCAAUUCAAAAAUUGCUCUCUAUGGACUAGGAGCUAUUCCAGAUGAGAGAUUGUACCGAAUGUUUGUGAACAAACAAGUAACCAUGCUGCGGCCAAAGGAAGAUGAGGAUAGUUGGUUUAAUCUGUUUGUGAUUCAUCAGAACAGGAGUAAACACGGUGCCACAAAUUACAUUCCGGAACAGUUUUUAGAUGAUUUUAUUGAUCUUGUAAUUUGGGGUCAUGAGCACGAAUGUAAAAUUUCGCCAACUCGAAACGAGCAGCAGCUUUUCUAUGUUUCUCAGCCAGGAAGUUCAGUGGUCACAUCUCUGUCACCAGGAGAAGCUGUGAAAAAGCAUGUUGGCUUGCUGCUUAUCAAGGGCAAGAAGAUGAACCUGCGGAAGAUUCCUCUCCAGACGGUGCGACCUUUCUAUAUUGAAGAUGUUGUCUUAACUGAACAUCCAGACAUCUUUAACCCUGACAAUCCUAAAGUAAUGCAAGCCGUACAAGCUUUCUGCAUGGAGAAGGUAGAAACUAUGUUGGACAAUGCAGAAAGAGCUCGUCUUGGAAAUCCCAGGCAGCCAGAGAAACCUCUUAUAAGAUUGCGAGUGGAUUACAGCGGUGGCUUCGAACCAUUCAGCGUUGUCCGUUUCAGCCAGAAAUACAUGGACAGAAUAGCUAAUCCAAAAGAUGUCAUACAUUUUUUCAGACAUCGGGAGCAAAAAGAGAAAAACGCAGAGGAGAUUAACUUUGGCAAGUUUGUUCACAAGCCUGCAUCAGAAGGAGCGACUUUGAGGGUGGAGGAUCUUGUGAAGCAGUACUUCCAGACAGCAGAGAAGAAAGUGCAGCUCUCCCUCCUGACAGAAAGGGGCAUGGGAGAAGCAGUGCAGGAGUUUGUGGACAAGGAGGAAAAAGACGCUAUAGAAGAACUAGUGAAAUUCCAACUAGAAAAGACCCAGCGGUUUCUGAAGGAACGGCAUAUAGAUGCAGAGGAAGCAAAAAUUGAUGAAGAGGUGCGACUGUUCAGAGAGUCAAGAAAAAAUAAUACUGAGGAGGAAGACAAGGAAGUUCAUGAGGCUAUCAACAGGGCCAAAUCCCAGAGAUCUCAGGGAUCCGAGCAGGAUGUCAUCAUGAGUGAUGAUGACCUCAUGGACGCAGCCAAUGAUGAUUCAGAUGGGGAUCUUUCUUCAGCACCCAGCAGGGGAAGAGGAAGAGGAGGUCGGGCAAGAGGCGCGAGAGGACAGAACCCACCAGCGAGAGGAGCGCCUCGACGAGGAAGAGGGAUUACAGGUCAAGAGCAGACAAGUAGCAGCAGGACAUAUAAUCCCGUAUCCACUCCUAUGAAGAACAUGUCUAUCUUGGAUGCUUUUAAAUCAUCAAGGCAGCAGCCCUCCCGGAACAUUCCUGCCAAGAGUUAUUCAGAGGUAAUUGAAGAUGAUGACUCUGAUCUGGAAGAAGUGUCUUUUACUUCUUCCACAGCAGAUCAAAGAUUAUCGACCUCGGCGGCAUCCAGCAAAAGAAGUUCUCAGAGCCAAGCAGCGAGAAGAGCUGAGGUUCUGUCCGAUGAGGACGAGUUUGACCCAUUCAAGGGUACUUCUGCUUCAAGAAGAAACAGACGAUAACUUCACAGUCCAUUGUACAUGGGGGGAAGGAAACAGAUCUUUUCCACAUCUUUUAAAGGAAUCACGAGAAAUAUUCAGCUCUUUGCAUACCAUUUCACUGUUCGUUACAUGUUUCUUGGAAAUGUUUUGCUUCCUUCAUGGAAGAUUAGUUGCUAUGGAACCUGUCUAUUCAGUAACACUUGAAGUGCUUGAGAAUACUCCAGGGGUUGCCAACAGUAGCUCUCCAGAUGUUUUAUGCCUACAACUCCCAUCAGCCCCAGUCAGCAUGGCUGAUGGUUGGGGCUGAUGGGAGUUGUAGGCAAAAAAACAUCUGGAGAGCUACCGUUGGCCACCCCUGGAAUACUCUAUUAGAAAUUACUGUCUCCAAUAGCAAAACCUAUUUUUUUUAAAAAAAAAGAUGAAGAAAAUCUGUCAAGACAAUUGGGUAUCUUUUUUUUCCUAUUGCACAGAAACAUUAAAGCCCCUCCCCCUCUUAAUAUUAUGAGAGGAUAAAUUAGAACUGUGUAUGUGACAGAGGUCAAGAAUAGUGUCAACCCAUAGGGUUAAAUCCUGCAGAGGUUUGCUUAAACAGAAGGGAAGGUGUGAUCUUUGAUUCUCCCCUCCCACUGCAGGCCUCUGAUUUCUCCUUCAUGCUUCUCUUGAGGAUUGCCCCUGGGGUAACAUUUGAGGAGGCUAUUUUGGACCGCAGCAGGAGGGGAGGGAUGAAGAAAAUCCACUCUGCUGGUGGAGAUGAUCUGUAGGAUCCAACCCAGUAUGCAAAAGAGCCCUGAAAGGUCUUUGGGCUCACAGGCUUUUGUCCCAAAUCAUGGUUUGCUAACAUAUCCAAACUGGCAGGCUUCGCUUUAUGCUUCCCCUAUAAGCUACUGUUUGUAGUCUUAAUGGUCAUUUUGGAAGUAAUUGGCAAGCUGUUUGUUGCAAAAAGCAGCAGCCCAACCCAUUAUUGACUGCCCUGUGGGAAUGGAGGGGGCAUAAGCCUGAGUAUCCGCAGGCUCUUCUGUCUAGCAGCAAACUAUAGUUUGCUCUUUAUAUUUGGAUGCCUGAGUUUGUGAACAGGCCUCGUUCUUGCUGCCCAUGCCUUACACAUUUCAGUCAGGGAAAGGAUUGUGUAUAACUUUAAAAUGACUCCACAUACAGCAUCUGUUUAACUCAAAUCUGGCUCUGUUCUGAAAUAGUGUUUGAUUCUUCUUGUGAAGCCGUUUAUGCCCUUAUAAAGCACUUUUUGAUAUGAAGGGCUGCACAUACAGAGAGCAUAUACAUAGCUGUAGGAGUAUGGAUGCACAGAAGUGUUUCUCUGGGAAUCCCAAAGGCAGGUUGUCUUCAUGGAGCUAAAAAAUACUGGUUGGAUGUCUGCAGUUAAAAGAUGUUAGCAUGAGUUUUACAGUGUGGGUCAAAAGCAGUUAACUGAGAGAUGGUCCAAACGUGCCAGCACUCAGCAACCAUUUCUUACUUUCAGGUACCUCUGCUUUGUUCCCUGUCCCAAAUAACUUCUGUUGUUUCAAUAAUUUGGGGGAAAGCAGUAUAACAAGGGACUGCCUGAGGUUCAUUUCCAACCCAUUGUAGUGGAUCGGUUUGAAGUGAUAUGAUAUAUUUUCAUAUGGAAAGUCCCUGUUGUAUUUUUAUAGAUAUUUUAACCAUCCUGGGAAAAAUGGGUUGGGAAACAAGUGCGUGUAAAAGGCUGGUGGUUUUCUUAUAUUUUUAUAUUUCUCUCUCCUAGAUCAACAUUUAUCUGUGUUUUAGAAUAUUCAGGAUUGUUAGUUUGUUACGGUUCAACAAGGAAGCAUAUUAGAGGCCUUUAAUGAAGAUGAUUAUGUUGCAAUAAGAGGAAAUGUGCAGUAGCUAUUGCAUCUAAAAUAAGGUGCCUUGUCUUUGGGUUCUUCAGGGUUGUUUUCAUUUUCUGUUUUGGCCUUCCCUUGCCUGUUACACGCAGUAGCUGAAAUAUAGAUGAGUGUCAGGUUCUAUUGCCCUGUGUGCAGCCCUUCUGAAAACAUUCAGAGGAAAAGCAGGGCUGCCACUAAAACUUCCAUCACCGAACACUCAGAAGGGAGAGAAGGCUGCCCCACACAGCCUGAGAAGCCAUCGCUGUUUGCUGACUGGUGUGGGUCAGGAGUCCAUAUGGAAAUGGAUUAAUAUUGGGUUGCCUGCUGGAGAGAUGGGGAAUACUACCUUCCUACCUACAUAACACAAAAUGGCGAUUUCAAAAUGGAAGUCAGUAUCCGUGCGUAUCAAAAUGAAUCGUAUUUGUUUCCUGCCUGGUCUGUGAGUUUGGCCCUCACUGGCAGAUAGGAGGUCAUGGAUACAAAAGUACUUUCUUGUAACUAUGUUUUAAUUAGACUUUGCCCUUGCCUAGAAGUAAAGAGGUCUUACCAGGAUCACUAUCUGUUAUGGCUUACUAGGUGUGAUAUUAAAUGUUUUUCCUUCUAAAGGCGGCUUUAUGAAGGACCAUGGGCAGUGCAUGCAAGUUGUGUAUGUUUUUCAUGUAUAAGGGGUCUGGCUUAUGAAAACCCGAUACUUAUGACUGGUUGUGUAAAUGAAUAAAAAUAUUACAAAUGUAUUCUCCUA